GAUUGGACGGUUGAGAGAGAGAGAGAGAGCUGCUGGGAAAGCAACAGGGGUGCACUCAAGUGUUAAACUAUCUGACAAAGGAUGUGAAGCAUGGAGAAACCAAGACAGAGUCGGCAGAAAAAUGGUAACUGAAGUUGGACUUUUAGUACAUUAAACAUGGAUGGACCUGCAAGCGGAGCGGUAGAACCUCAAGAGACCGAUGGCACACAGAACCGACCCAAGGAUGAAGUGGACAGGGCCUCGCAUGUGUCUGAGGAGACUGGAGCACAGACCUCCAGGGAGAGCCGGAAGCUGGACUGCAUCAUCUGCUACAGUGCGUAUAAUCUGGGAGAGAGACUCCCGCGCAAACUCUACUGUGGUCACACGUUCUGCCAGGCCUGUCUGAAGCGGCUGGACACCCUCAUCAAUGAGCAGAUGUGGAUCCCGUGUCCACAGUGCCGGCAGAACACUCCGCUACCUCGCAGCGGUGCCACCGGACUAGACCUAGACCUGGCAGCAUUUCUGGGUGUUAAAGCUGAAGUGGAAAACCAGCGAACCCACAGCCAGCAAGCACCACUUGAGACCAAGCCCUCCUUUAUAAAGCAGCCAAUCACAGAUCAACCACCCUCAGCCUGGGCCAAUGUGGCAGGAGCAGAGCGUCGCCUCCACAGGAACCAUUGUUGCAAGCACUGCCUGCUCUGCUGCUGCUGGUGGCGCUAGAUUCACAAUCACAUGCCAGCUAUCAAUCGCUUUCUGCUGGGGAUGGUGCACAGACUCUUUGAAAGUGAGAUUAAAAAAUAAUAAUAAAUAAAAAAUAUAAAAAAUUCACAACGGAAUUGUUCAGAAACCAUAAAAAAAUUAACAUUGCAAAAUUGCAUUUUAUUUUGGUACCCAAAUGGAUUAGUAAUAUGACAAACUCUGCACAACUCAGCGUUCAAAACCGGAAUCGGAUAUAUGGACAUGAAGAGACCUUUAACAUGAUGAAUAUUUAAGAAUAAACAUACUGAAUUUCAGAUCUUCCGACAA